AUGGCAGUCAAAUCAUUCAACAACAUCGUUUCCAACAGCCCAGGCUCCAAGUUCACAAUUGAAAAGAACAGGUACUUGUUGUACGUCUCCCUUACCUGUCCCUUCGCUCAAAGAGCAUUGAUCGCUAGACAGAUCAAGGGCUUGGAGGACUACUUCCCACUUGUCCACACACACUUUUCAUUGGACUCCAACGGAUGGAGAUUUGCUACUAAGGAGGAGCUUGCUUCUGUGCCCGAGGGCGAUAUCAAGUACGGUUCCGCUGAGCCAGUUUACGGUUUCGAUAGAAUCAGUAAGUUAUACAACAAGGCCAACCCUGAAUACGAAGGCCGUUGGACUGUGCCUGCUUUGUGGGAUAAGAAGGAGGAAACUUUGGUGAACAACGAGAGUGCCGAGUUGGUGCGUUUCUUCAACACCGAGUUCAACGAGGUUCUUCCUGAGAAGUAUGCCAAGGUUGAUCUCUACCCUAAGGAAUUGCAGCUGGACAUUGAGCUGUUCAAUGAACAGUUUGGUGACAAGGUUGCCCAGGGCUUCUUCAAGGCGACUUUUGCUUCUAACAAGGAGGACUUCGAGGCCGGCUACAAGUUGCUUAUUGAUGAGCUCAAGAAGGUCGACACGGAGCUUGCAGAGAGACAAAAGAAGGGUCUGUUCUUUGCCGUUGGCUCGCAAGUCACUGAGGCCGACAUUAAGCUUUUCACAUCCAUCGUGCGUUUGGGAAGACUUUACUAUAAAGAGUAUGACGCUCAACGCUUGAGUAUUGGUAAGGACUACCCCCACGUCCACAAAUGGCUCAAGAACCUUUGGGAAAUUCCUGCUUUCAAGGAUACCACCAGUUUCACCCAAUUGACUGAUUCCGCUGAGUCUCGUUCCGGUCACAAGGUUUCAGAGAAGAUUGAGUCUGUCUUGGACCUUGCUUAA